AUGAAGCUUCCCAUCUGGUCUUUGCUAUCCAUCUCCGCCCUCACAGCGGCAGCUCCCUUGGCUCGCCGCGACACAUCCCUGAACGAAUUCCUCAGCAUCCUCCUCGACCAUCUCCCAGCCAUCAACGGCACCAUCAACGAUGUCGUAGGCGCCCUGACAGACUUUGAGCAGGAAAUCGCCGACCUGACCGGCGACCAAACGACGUACAACGAGCUCGGGGGCGCAUGCACCGAGUACACCAUCAUCUUCGCCCGCGGGACGAGCGAGCCCGGUAACGUCGGCAUCCUCGUCGGCCCGCCGCUGUUUGACGCCCUGGAGAGUCUGGUCGGGAGUUCGGCGCUGACGAUCCAGGGCGUGAACGACUAUGCGGCCAGUGUGCAGGGAUAUUUGGAGGGGGGCGAUCCAGCUGGGAGUGCGGAGAUGGCAAACCAGAUCCAGCAGGCAUACUCGGCCUGUCCGAACACAAAGCUCAUCGCCUCGGGGUACUCGCAGGGCUGUCAGGUCGUGCAUAAUGCCAUCUCUCAGCUUCCCGCCGAAACGGCAUCGUGGAUCAGCAGCGUUCUCCUGUUUGGCGAUCCAGGUAGGCCGAUAUCAUAUCAUCCAUCCUCCGACGUGCUGACAAUAGCAGACGAUGGUCAAGCCAUUCCAAACGUCGACUCGUCCAAAGUCGACACCUACUGCCACGAGGGCGACGACAUUUGCCAGGAUGGACUUUUGAUCCUCCCUGCGCAUCUGACGUACGCGGAGGAUGUGUCCAGUGCGGCGCAGUUUGCAGUUGCGGCGGCUUCUUAA